AUGAAUAAUAAUAAUAGCAAUAAUAAUACUAAUAAUACUAAUAAUAAUAAUAAUAAUAAUAAUAAUAAUAAUAAUAAUAAUAAUAAUAAUAAUAAUAAUAAUAAUAAUAAUAAUAAUAAUAAUAAUAAUAACAAUAAUAAUAAUAAUAACAAUAAUAAUAAUAAUAAUAGUAAUACCAAUAAUAAUGUUAAUCCAUUAAAAUCAUCAAAUGGAAUAAUGAAACCAUCUAAUGGUAGUAAUACAAAUACAACAACAUCGACACCAACACAUUCAAAACAUCCACCAUUAUUACAUACUCAAUCAUAUUCACAACUUCAAGUACCAUCAUCAAUAAAGAAUUCUCAAUUCAUAAAUAUCUCCAAUCAUAUUAAUAGUGGUGAUAAUGCCAAUUGGUUAUCAAACUCUGAUUCAUUGGUUCAACCACCAUUAAAGAGAGGAUUGAUUAAGGCAUACAGUGAUGCAGAUAUUCAACCACCAUUAAGUGUACAACAACAUCACCAACAACAACAAAUGCUUCAACAAGCACAACAAGAUUUAGAGAACGAACAAGAAGAUAUUGAAGAUGAGAUUAAUGGUCAAAACAGAUAUAAAACUGAAUUGUGUAGAUCUUUUCAAGAGACUGGUGUUUGUAGAUAUGGUUUGAAAUGUCAAUUUGCACAUGGCCGUGAUGAGCUCAGAAGUGUAAUGAGACAUCCAAAAUAUAAAACUGAAACUUGUAAAACUUUCUACUCUAUCGGUAGUUGUCCAUACGGUAGUCGUUGUCGUUUCAUUCAUACUAGAGAUCCAGAAUUACCAAUUCAUCUAAUGUCUCAAUUAUCAACAAGUAGUGGUAGUAUCUCUCCACCAAAUCAAACAAGUAAUAAUAACAACAAUACUACUAAUGGCAACAAUACACCAGCAUCAUUUGCAACUGAAGUUUUAUUAUCUAAAACAAUUGUUCCACAAAUGAUUCGCCAACACAGUUCACCUCAACUUCAAACACCUUUACAUAUAUUACAACAACAAAAAGAAUUACAACAACAACAAAAAGAUAAAGAGUCACAACUUAAUAAAGAAAAAGAAUCAAAUAACAAAGAAUCUUCUUCCUCUUCAAUUAAAUCUCAACCAUCCACCCCACAAACUCAAUCACAAUCAUCAUCCCACCCAACAACUGUACAUUGGUCAAAUUCUUGGUCAAGUGAUGAGGCCUCAUCAACUGCACCAAACUCUUCUUUUAAUCAAUUAAAAUCUUCUGCUCCUCCAAUUUUAAAGAAAGAAGAUUCAUCUAAAAGAUUAGCUAUCUUUAAAACAAUUUGUUCAAAUUCAACUUGGUAA